UCGUCCUUCUUGUUCUAGAGGUAGGUUAGACAUUCUGUGCCCAGUUAUAGGCAGGGAUAGCAAAGUGCAUGGAUAUAUUACUAGGGAAAAUAUUCUACACGGAAAGUUUACCAGUUAUCAUUUCUCCAGAGAUACACGUAGACCAGGACUACAAGAAAGAGAGCGUCGAGCAGAACAAGCAAAAGCCUCGCGCGCCGGCUGAGCCGCUCAGAGUCGAGCGGCACCGCAUUCGCAUGGACGAAGCUAUGGGCGACAGGCGUUGCAAACGACAGAGCCAGUGGAGCAGGAGACAGAAUGAUUGGAGCGGACCUGGAAGCGGAGGCGGUGGAAGUGCGUGCCUACGACAGGGAACUGCUAUACUGGCGUGGGCCGCAGCAGCAUCACUGGUCAUGCUCGGCAUUGUUACUCCCAGUACUGCCACCAUACACCUGGCCAAUCUAACCCUACCAGCAGGCCACUCCGUAAAAGCCUUGGUCCACGUGCCAAAGGAUCGCUACGGCUAUACGUUUCUGGAUUGCAAGCCAUGUGAUGUCGGCUUCGAGUACGAUACGCCAUGCAAUGGCUCGCAGCAGCAGACGUGCAAGCCGUGCGAUCCAGGAUUCGUGCAGGAGUUUGUCACGGUCAACGUGAAAUGCGUGCCUUGCCGACAGGCACUGCCUCCUAUUGGUGGGUGCCCAAAGGAUCACAAGUGGUGGAACUGCACUGGGACACGCCAGGCCCAAUGUAUACACACACUAUGUGACGAUGGAUUCUACGCACCUAAUGAUACGUCCCUCCAGGGAUUCCAUAAGUCGAUCUGUACCAAGUGCAGCGCUCCGUGCCAAGCCAGGGGUCUUUACCAGGUUGGGGACUGCAUUUACGAAGACUAUAAAUGCUCAUACUUCCCGGUGCAAAAUCUGGCAAGGACUUCAGAGCCAGGACGUUCUUCAUAUCCUUCAGCCAGCGUCACUUCACAUGCAAGUCCAUCAGUGCCGCCGGUUACUACGACAACAAGCGAAGAAGUUGUAUCUACUAACGCUACCAUGUCCACUCCACCUCAACCGCCCUGUACUCCUCUUCACGGUUGGACUAAAGAAAAUUCCGCAAGCAGCUCUUCUGAACAUGUGCCAUCUGAAGCUGCCGUUAACAACGAGCACUCCUGGACACCAACCGAGAAAGCGCUAACUGCUGUUUGCUGCACCAUGGCCACAGUGAUUGUGGGUCUCGUUAUUUUUAUUAUCGCACAGUGGCGGACGAACAAGAAGAAGAAGGAUGGAAGGCAAACAGGACAAGCUGACGAACUCGAAGGAACUGUGCCCAGUGCGCAGUCAGUGUCGCAGUCAAUGUUCCGAGAAACCCUGGAAGCGGGCAAUAUCCAGGAACUCGGAGCUCAGUACCAGGAAGGUACAACAGCACAAGAGGAUUUCCCACGGGAAGAGACCCAGGCAGCUGGUGAUCUGCCAGGUCCAGCCAUUAAUCGAAGAACAAACACCAGGAUGAAUACGGGCGUCCCAUCACAGCCUCACCACCCUAGCUCUGCAAGGGUGGUGGUACCUGUGUACGAGAGCGACAUACCUACCUCGUCUGGUGAGAUGACGACUGACAGUGAAGCAGACCGUGCAAGUGAAACACCGGACGACGACCCUCUGCCUCGGGAUAGCCCUGUGCCGGGGCUCCGGUCAUACCAGGGAGAUGCCCAGGGAGCCACAACUCUAACCGGUGCUAGGACCGCGCCACAAAAUGUUCCAAUCCAGAAUACAGCUGUAUAGAGCGCUGCUGUGCCCAAAGUUAGGGCAACUUAACAUUCAUUUCAUUAGGCAAUACUGUACGGAAUAUUCUAGCACAGAUUUAUCUUGGUGUGAUGAUGUCAUGUGUUACCCAGGCAGACCCCACUGAAUAGUUUUUCAUCGGGUACAAUUUACUCAAUCAUAGGGUUUAACCAGUAUAACCAAUAGUCAUGGGCAAUAGUAUUGGUAAUGAUUGUUACCAAAAUAUUUUUUAUUUGAAUCGCAAUGAAGAGACCAUUUUUUUUAAAGUUUGGAGUAGCGAUGUGACGUUUUCUAAA